AUGAGACCUCAGCAAAAUAUGUAUGUCAGCAGGGAGUUUGCAAACAGUGGCUUGCUCACCAUAGCCAGUAAAAAAGAAGGAAAUAUUUUUCACCGAAGGUGGUUGUGGCCAAGUGAAGAGAGUACCACUGAUUCACGAAGAACAUAUACUCUACAGAAUUACUUGAAUGGUGAUUAUAAGUACAAAACAUACAAUUUGCAGUGGAUUUCAGGAAAUCAGUACCUUCACAAAACAGCUGAUGGUGACAUCCGACGCUUUGAUGCUGACAGUGGAACAUCCUCAGAAGUCUUGGCAAAUACAACAUUAGACAAAUACAAAGCAACCACGGUUCUAUUGUCUCCUGACCAAAAGUUUGCUCUUCUGCAGUACAGCUAUACAAAGUUGUGGAGGCAUUCAUAUACAGCUUCGUAUCACAUCUAUGAUUUCAAUACAAGUUCCAUCUUAGAUGACAGACUGCUACCUAAUGAUACACAGUAUAUUUCCUGGUCACCUGUUGGUCACAAACUGGUGUAUGUUUGGAAUAACAAUAUCUAUAUAAAAGCUUCACCAACAGCAGAAGCUGUGCAAAUCACUAAAAAUGGAGAAGAAAAUAAAAUUUUCAAUGGAAUACCAGAUUGGGUUUAUGAAGAGGAAAUGUUUGGCACUCAUUCUGCUCUGUGGUGGUCUCCAAGUGGCAAUUUUCUGGCAUAUGCGUCAUUUAAUGAUACAGAAGUUCCUGUUAUUGAGUAUUCCUUUUAUUCUGAAGAUACCUUGCAGUAUCCAAAGACCAUUAGAAUCCCAUAUCCCAAGGCAGGAGCUAAAAAUCCAACUGUGCAAUUCUUUAUUGUGGAUAUCCAGUCACUCCCUGAUUUCAAUUCUACUGAAAUUUCUCCACCGGCAGAAAUAAAGUCAGGGGAUCACUACUUGAGUGUUGUAACAUGGGUGACAGAUGAAAGGAUCUGUCUGCAGUGGCUCAGAAGAAUUCAGAAUUUUUCAGUCCUCACAGUCUGUGACUUUGCAGGAGCCACUGGAGACUGGACAUGUCCACAGGAAAAACAACGUACAGAAGAAAGUAGGACUGGCUGGAUUGGCACAUUUCAGCCAUCUGUCCCUUACUUUGCACCUGACAAUACUACCUACUACAAAGUCUUCAGCAAUGCAGUGGGUUACAAGCAUAUCCAUUAUAUAAAUGGCUCACAGACUCCAAUAGCUAUUACUGGAGGGAAAUGGGAAGUAAUCAGCAUAGCAGCUGUAACCAGUAAUUUUUUAUACUACAUCAGCAAUGAAAAUGGAAUGCCAGGAGGAAGAAAUCUUUAUAAAGUACUCUUGGAAAGCAGUCCAAGUUCUUCUAAAUGUGUUAGCUGUGAUCUGAAUAAAGAAAGAUGCCAAUAUUAUUCUGCGUCCUUCAGCAAAGAUGCACAGUAUUAUCAGCUAGAUUGUUAUGGUCCUGGUCUGCCCAUGUCUACGUUGCACAGAAGCAGCGAUGAUAAUGUCAUCAGAUACUUGGAAAACAACACUGAACUGGACAAUUCAUUGCAAGAUAUUCAAAUGCCUUCAAAAAAAUUUGGCUCCAUUAGAGUAGGUGGAUAUGACCUGUGGUAUCAAAUGAUUUUGCCUCCCCAUUUGGAUUCAUCAAAGAAGUACCCUCUGCUUCUCGAUGUGUAUGCAGGACCCUGUAGUCAGAAAGUAGAUUACGCCUUCCGGAUCAACUGGGCUACUUAUCUUGCAAGCACAGAACAGAUCAUUGUGGCUAGCUUCGAUGGCAGAGGAAGUGGCUACCAAGGGGAUGAAAUUAUGCAUGCAAUAAACCGAAGACUAGGAACAUAUGAAGUGGAAGAUCAGAUAGCAGCAGCCAGAAAAUUUUCUGAAAUGAGCUUUGUUGAUAAGGACAGAAUAGCUAUUUGGGGUUGGUCUUAUGGGGGAUAUGUGACCUCCAUGGUGCUUGGCUCUGGAAGCGGAGUGUUCAAGUGUGGAAUAGCGGUUGCCCCUGUGUCACGUUGGCAAUAUUAUGAUUCAAUAUACACGGAGCGAUACAUGGGCCUUCCUAUAGAAAGUGAUAAUCUGAAAAACUAUAAUAGUUCAACAGUAAUGGCCAGAGCUGAAAAAUUCAAGCAAGUUGAGUAUCUCCUUAUUCAUGGAACAGCAGAUGAUAAUGUUCACUUUCAGCAAGCAGCACAGAUUUCCAAAGCUCUUGUUGAUGCUGAGGUGGAUUUUCAGGCAAUGUGGUAUACCGACAAAGACCAUGCCAUUACCGGUCAAGCACAUAAGCAUAUUUAUACCCAUAUGAGCCAUUUCAUAAAACAGUGUUUCUCAUUGCUCUAGCGCAGGAGUUGCACCAGCAUGUUGGCUGUUAGUGAUGGUACUUCUCCAGAAAACUCUAUCACAAUGUAUGAUGUUGAGCCAGUAUCAACCUUAUGAAUGAAGAUGAGGGUAGGGGUUAUCUCCUGGAUACCUGUGUACACAAUGAAACGCUGAUCUUUCUUUAUGAUGAUUUCUGUUGCCAAGCAACUAUUGCAUUUUUAUUAAUUGUGUUAAAUCAGGCCAUUAAUGUCAUAAAAAAGUAUGUAUAUUGUCAAACUUGAAAAGUAUAGUACUUGCUUGCAUUAGUAUCUUUUGAUAUUUCAGUCUAAAAGGGAAAUAGUCCAGUUUCUAUAUUGGUGUAACGAGUACGGAACAUAACGUCACAGAGGAACUGAACUGAUGUGGAGAUCAAUUUUAGAAUUCUAAUAAUAAUUAGUAACAUUUCCAUGGAGAGUUUUUUUUUUUUUUUUCCAAGUCCAGUAAAAAGAAAUAAGAUAUUUUUUCUGGGAAAAUAUUGAUGAACCACCUUUAAAUAGAUUUUUGCAGCAAUUAAUUAUCUAAUUUUUGAUCAGUGACUUAGAUAUAAUCUUGGGAAGCCUACAAAGUUAAUAUUUUCUAUACAGAAUGCAACACCUCUCUUAAUGCCUUUAUUUAGUAUUAGUAUUUACUCUACACUCUCUUGGAUGACAACUGUUUAAGUAAGUAAGUAAGUAAGUAAGUAAGUCCUGCAAAGAAAGCACGUAACUAGCUUUCAGCAAAGAAAGAUUUCUGAAUGAUACCCACUCAAACCUAUUGCACUGCAUUUCUUUGCUUCCUACCAUUACUUUAUAGUCCAAAAGGCUGCUACUAUGGGAAUACGCACUGGUGAGUGCUUAUCUGGGGACUCCAGUAGUCCUUUAUUGUUCCGAUAUGGUUCAGAAAUUCUAUCUUUUUUUUUAGUUUCCUAACAAACACCAUUAAAAUUGCAAACUAGCAGUUAAAGCACAGGCUAGACUGUAACUCUCAUAAGAAUGUGCUAUUUAGCAAACCUGCUUUUUCCUUGCAGCCUACCAGUAAACCAGCUCCAUUCUCAGCACUCCAGGUAGGCUUUUCAAUCUGAAGAUAAGACUUAUGUUUUCCUAAAUUUCACAUAGAUAGAAAAGCUGCAAACCACUUGUACUACAAACUUUGCUGCUUUAAAAUAAUAAAGACAUUAAGUUAUGAAAGGAUGUGUAGUCUAUAUAAUUGAAAAGCCUGCUCCAGAAAUUAACCAACUCCUAUAAUUUUUUUAAAAUAAAUAAAAUUAAUUAAUUUUAAGAGACUUAGAGUAAAUUUCUGCUUUACAUAAAGCUGUUUGUUUAGUGUUACCAUGUACUGGAGUGUGACAUGAUUAUCUAACGCUUAGCUUCGUGAUACACGAUGUCAGCAUGUGAUUGAUUGCAGAUGUAUAUUGUGGGUUACUAGUGACGUUAGGUAUGACUAGAAAAGUACAUCAUACAGCCAGAUAAAGCAUGGAGGAGCAGAGGAAAAAGGUUUGUCCUUACAUGAAAGGCGGGGAGGAGCUGAAGUGGAAGGUAAAGUUUUGGGUUUCAUAAACAAUUAAUUGCAAACCUUCUUGACUCACACACUAAACUUUUCAGAAAACAAAGAGGAGAUGAAGAUUACAAAUACAGCCUUAGGUUUAAUUUACUAGUGGUUCUAAUGCAGACUGGCAUCACUGUAUGAGUGCUAUAGACUACAGGCUAUCUGUUUGUUCUGAGAGGUGAAAGUAUCUAGCUCCCUAAUGUAAGCUCACAGGGAAUGAGUCUUUUGGCACAACAGGAAGAAACAUGAAUCAGAAUAAAGCUGCGCCACAACAAUGCAGGCAGGCUAUAAAGGGGGGGAAAAGAAAAAAAAUCAUUAUGACCGCGGUUGGCCUGUGUACGCAAAGCCACGUUAGGUUUUGCAUUUAAUUUACAUUUACAUUUACUUUUAAAUUUAUCUGGAAAGCAACUACUAUAAUAGGCUGCUGGUAGGGUAUGAAGCCACCCUUUUUUUUUUUUUUUUUUUUUUUUUUUAAGGUGCUUUAGCAUUCUCUCUCUUAUAGGUCUCCUGUAGGCUCCAGAGAAUAAUGUUCACAGUAAGACAAUAGAGCUGUCUCAGGGAAUAGCCAGCCCUGAGUUAGGAGCGACACCUUCCUCAAAAUGCACAGUGACUGCAAGAUACCUGAACAUGACGCCACAGAAGAACACCAACUCAUUUCAUUAACAUACAAAGCUGUCACUAGGAAACAAUUGCAGCUGAAAUACUGCCACAUGCUACAGUGAGGCUCUUAAUACUUACUUUUUUGGGUUUUUUUGUUCCCUGCGUCAAAUGGAUAAACAAAAGUUGUUUGUACAGUACGCUUUGUGUAAAAUACUAACAGAAAGAGCUAAAGCCAGAGUCUGACAGUUAGUUAAAGUUCUGAGGCUGGAAGGCUUAGAUUCCAGCCUCUGGGCCAAAACUAGGUGACAAAGCUGAGGGGCUUAAUAUGGUGGAGUUCAUCAGUGUUUUGGGUUUCUGCUAGGCUCUAGGAGAAUAGUAGAAGCUCCUAGAAUUAGCCAGUAGCUGAGCAGGUGUUCAAUUAACUAUUAAACACUUUAACUAUUAUAGCAUUUAGGAAUUUUAAAAAUUGUAAGAACUUACUUACCUAUUGAGCUUUAAAAAGCCUUAGCUACGCCUGCCUGGUCCACAUCAUCUCUCCCAAAAGCAAGAAGGGGAAUCAACUCAUGACUCAGAAAGGGAUUCCCAAGCUCUUUCUGACACAGGUCGGUUAUGGGCUAUCCUCAACUGCGUACUUACUGUGAAGAGUCACAUCAAGUACAUGGCUAACAGCUACACACCACUUGCCCAUACAGAGAGACGAUGGCAUACUUUAGUGCGAUUCCACUCAGGAAUGGAGCAGCUUGCACGACUGAGCUAUACUAUUCAUUAACUUGUGAUGUAUUUUCAAGUGACAAGUGACAUUUAAAACACUGUACCAAGUACUGCAUAUUUGUUCUGGGUCUUUCUUGCAAUGUAAAAAUAGAAAUUGAAAGUUAGUUAAGAUAGAUAAAUAUUUAUUUUUCACAUAACAUUUCUUAAUUGUGAAAAACACAAUACUCUAUUCACAUGUACACAUAAACUUUUGUAAUAAAUUACAUCCAAGAAAUUGAGUAAUUUUGACCAGGAAUAUGAAAUUAGAAGUAAAUAUAACACUAAAUUUGCUGUAUAUUGUGUGUGAGUGCAGAAUGUUGAGAUUAACAUUGGAACAUCAUUAAAAUUCACACAAGAACAGAGUGACUGUAAAAAAAAAAAAACCCACUCUGAAAUACUGAA